GAUCCCUACCGCAAGGUUUUGAGUGCCAUUUAAACACAGUAAAAUGUCAUGCACAUUGUCAAUGGAAAAAAUUUGUUAACUUACAAAUUGUGUAGGGACUUUCAACUUGAGGAGUACUGCCUUUUUGCGAUAAGUUUUAUCUUUUCAGAUUGUCAUUACUGAUUCUUCCGAGACUAUGACUUUUGGAGCACAUUUUCCUUGACUUUUGGGAUAAAAGUGAAUUUUACGACUACCGAGCCGCUCAAGUUCACGGGAUACUAUUGAAGUAGAAGGACCUAUUGUUUCCAUAUUUGGAGUCAAUGGUGCACAUGUACUGCUCAAAGCAACGCCAUUUUUGCAUGGUGCUGCCGCUAGGAUAUUGUAGCAUCAGAGGAAUUGCUAGCAUGCCGAACGGCAUUUUUAAACAGUUGUAAAGUGUUUUUUAAAUGCUUUGUUCUUGUUAGUGUUAGUUAUCUCCUAGUAGUUUUGAUAGACUUUGUGUUCAUUUCCUCACUGUAGGAGUGACCAGGUUGGAUAGGAUUAGGAAUGAGCUCAUCAGAGGGACGGCCAAGGUUAGAUGUUUUGGAGACAUAGUUAGAGAGAGCAGACUUCAAUGGUUUGGACACAUCCAGAUGAAAGAUAGUGAGUAUAUUGGUAGAAGGAUGAUAAUGACGGAGCUGCCAUAUAAGAAAGCUUGAGGAAGACCAAAGAGAAGGUUGAUAGAUGUUGUGAGGGAAGACAUGAGGGCAGUGGGUGUUAGAGAGUUAAGAGGUGAGCUUGGCUGACAUGGAAAAGGACGGCACGCUGUGGCAACCUAACGGGACAAGCCGGAAGAAAAAGCAGGCGCUUUUCUUCAUUGAAUGUGCUUGUCUUUUGAACUCAGCAGCACACCCGAUUUAUGAGCCAAGGAUCUUCUCUUGCUUAGGAAAGCCGCUGCAAAAUGUAUUUGUGAGACAAUACCUGAUUGCUGUGUGCAACAUCUCUUUCCUCUGCUGUACCCAGGUCACUGUGGUAAAAACACAUCUGGGUCUGAAAGGGACAACAUGAUCUAAUCAGGACAUAGUAACCAUUUCAUUAAAUAUGAGAACAAAAAAAACAACAUCCUUUACUUACUUUGAAGGGAAGAGGACAUGUGCAACAUAGUCUCUUCCUGAAUUUGACAUGACAGAAGGUGGAAAAACCCUACCUCAAACAAUUACAUCAUACCAGGGGCACUUUCGCAACAUACAAAACAUGCAUAAAUUGAAAUGGUGACAGGGUGCCAAACAGAGGAGCAUGUCAGAGCAAAGAGAAGCAUAGCUUUGUGCCGGAUUUUCAAACACGUGGCAGAAAUAUUUCGCUUUGAGGAUGUUGCUGAACGUCACCAACCAAACAGAGGAUGACUUCUCCUGCUACAGUGCUUCAGUAGAAGCCUACCGCUACUUUGCUGUGCUGUGGGGUUGCACAGUCACAAUCACUGGCACGGUGGGGAACCUGAUGACCAUUCUAGCUUUUGCCUUAGACUCACAAGUGAGGACCCGCUUCAAUGUGCUAAUUGUCAACCUGGCUGUAGCUGAUCUCCUCUACUGCACCAUACUGCAGCCAAUCUCCGUUGAUUCCUAUCGGCACCUCAGAUGGCGCAGCGGCAAGCUCUGGUGCAGGACCUUUGGCCUGCUGCUGUUCCUGUCCAAUUCUGUCUCCAUUAUCACCCUCUGCCUUGUAGCUGUGAGUCGAUACCUCCUGGUUGCAAAAAGGGCCUUGUUUGACCGUGUUUUUUCAGACUGUGGGCUCGUUUCCCUCCUGCUGUCAACAUGGGCGCUCGGCCUGGCCAGCUUCAGCCCACUCUGGUCCGUUUAUGUGUUUGUGCCUCAGGUUUGCACGUGCAGCUUCCAUCGAACCAGGGGUCGCCCCUACACCACUAUCUUGCUCUUUUUCUACUUCUUCAUUGGACUGGCCUGUGUCGGCACAUUCUACCUCCUCAUUUACUGUCGCGUCCGGGUUGCGUCAAAGGCCCUGCUCCGUUACAGGCUCAGCCGGCGGUCUUCCAAGAGGAAACCGGCCCUUUCAGCACCAGGCACUGAUGACAGUGGUGUUGAAAGUGGGAUGACCACUGUGAGCAGUGUGCUGAGCAAUCAGCCCAAAUUCGUGCAGAGUAAAGAGGAUGUCAACGGUGACAAUGCAUCCCCAAAAACACAGGACGAGCCAGCAAAUCUAUUGGGAGAAAGCAAGUCAAAUCCCGAUAUUGUCACUAAGUCACAUUCAAGUCCGCCUGUGCCCGCCACUGCAGCAUCCCACACAGCAGCCUCAGGAGAGGAUACAGAAUUUAAGCGUGUGACGCGCAUGUGUUUUGCGGUUUUCCUGUGUUUUGUAUUUUGCUUUGUCCCCUUCCUGUUACUCAACAUUGCCGAUAAGCAUGGCCGUGCCCCGCAGGUGCUGCACAUAUUCUGUGCAAACCUCACCUGGCUCAACAGCUGCAUCAACCCGGUGCUCUACGCUGUCAUGAACCGACAAUUCCGAAGGGCCUACCAACUGCUGCUCACGAGGGCAGCGACACCCUUUACAUACCUCUGUAUUAAGAAAUCCUAAAUUCCCUUAAUAUAUAACAUUUCUAAGUGCUGAAACAAAUGCCAUUACAGUAAUAUGUAGACUGUAAAGCAGAGAUCACCAACAUUCUGCCCGCAGGCAUCAGUUAGCCCCCAAAGACCACAUGAGUAGCCCACAGGCCCAUUCUAAUGAUAGCUCACCAGUAGUGUCAAUUUCAUUUAAAUAAACGCCUUGGUUUUGUUAUACGAGUGUCCAGAAAAGGCCCCUCUGAUAGCUACUACUUUGACCCAGUUUUGCAUCCGCUUUGUCCAUAUUUGGCUAAGACCGCCCCCUUUCCUCUGAUUGGUUGCCUCUGUGUAGAAGAUCCACUUGUGAGGGCACACGCGUUUAUUUUGGCAGCGCUGGCUCGGGAGCGGAAAGGGACGAUAGAUAAGCUUGAGAAAUUCGAAUGGCCUGAUUUCAGGCCUGUCGGUUUAAAAACCUCUGCAACUCAAGAAUGCGUGGACGAUUUUAAUUCGUAUUUCACCUUUACUGAGGCACCAUAGUACGGAGCCCCCCUGGUGCCAAGGUAUGAGAAAAAUAAAAUUCAUUGAUAAUCUGUACCCUCAGUUUAGUAAACUGUACCCUCAAUUUAGUAAUCUGUACCCUCAGUUUAGUAAACUGUACCCUCAAUUUAGUAAUCCGUACCCUCAGUUUAGCAAAUGUCUGGGGCUCCGUAUACCUACAUAUAUCUGUCAAGUGAAGUUAAUUCUAUUUGUAUGUUAUAUUCUUACUCGUGUGAAUUCUGUGUAUAAAUUGUCAUGUCGUGAUAUAUACUACAUCCCAUUUUUUCAACUGAAAGGCAAUAUUGCUGUAGUUCGAGGGGGUUGAUCAUUAUAUAGCAGUACUAGCAGGACUGGCUACAAUUAGCCUGCGUGUUUCCUAAACACAGUACUAAAUUGAGGGUACAGUUUACUAAACUGAGGGAACAGAUUAUCAAUUAAUUUUAUUUUUCUCAUACCUUGGCACCAGGGGGGCUCCGUAUCAUAGAGACAAUAUUAUAUACCAAAUAUUAGAAAAAAGUUGGUUUGGCAAAAUAUGUCCCCUUUUAAAGUCGUUUAUUGAUACUCCAAUUGAAGUUCACUGUUAAACCUAAUGUAUCCCAUUGGUUAAUAAUAAAUGGGUCAGUUUUUCUUA